AUGACAACUACUGUCAGCGAAACCAAGAUUUGCGCCUCAACGCCAGCAGAAACGCGCAAGCAUCCUUCUCCCAAAGAUGACCAGUAUGGCAAUUAUUAUCCUGCUCAUCCAGAGGAUCUCAAUCUUGAAUCGAAUUUUGGCCCCAUGGCUGCGGACCAAAUUGGGUACCUCCAACCCACUUCCAAAGAAACCCCAAUUGAAAUCAUGCGAGAACGGUUCCAGCGCGAUGGAUACCUAUUCGUGAAAAGCCUGCUCCCAAAAGACAAAGUGCUCAAAUGUCGACGACAGUAUUUCGAGCACAUGGCCCCAUCAGGCCUUCUCAAGGAGGGGACAGACCCGGUAGAAGGAAUAUACAGUGACAAAGACAGUCGAAAGUUUCUUCCACCUGGAAACCUCCGACGGCUCUUCGGUCUUAAAGACGAUGAGGAGUCAAACAAGUACCUCGAGCUAAUGAUCAGCGCUCAUGAGGCGCCCUUCUAUCUCGAAUUCUGCGAGAUCGAAAAGCUUAGAGCCUUUAUUAGAGCGUUUGCUGGAUGGGAAGAUAUAACGAUGCUGCAGCGAACCAUGCUUCGUGCUUUUGUCCCCGACAGUGAAUUAACCCCAGUUCACUUCGACCAGAUGUAUCUUCGCGCAGGACCACCGACCAGUUUGACAGCAUGGGUCCCGAUUGGCGGGGUGUCUUUGGAAGGCGGAGGCCUCAUGUAUUUGGAGAACUCGGUCGAUAUCGGAAAGAAAACAGAGGAGGAGUUUCGUUGCAAUGCGAGCAAUCUGAAUGACGAGGAGCGUGUUUCAGCUUUCAACAAGAAUAUGAAUGAUGGUGGGUUCCUCAGCCGUGAUACCGUGUCAUACGGAAAAGAAGCCCAGAGAAAAUGGUUGAUUACCGAGCAUGAGGCUGGGGAUGUGAUUUUUCAUGAUCCAUUCCUGGUGCAUGCAAGUUGCAAGAACAAGGAUCCGGAAAGACGUAUUCGGCUGGCAACUGACUUGAGGUUUGUUGAUUCUGCCAAGCCAUAUGAUAAGCGUUGGAUGAAAGUGUAUCGACCACUUGAUGGUCUGUAA